UGUUUGAGCCUAGGUGGGAAAGAUCUGCGUUGAAAACUGCAUGAAGUUCCGUGGUGUAAACAUCACCUACAAGUUGCUGUCCCCCAACUCGAGCUGCCAUCCUGUCAGCAUUCUGCAAGGCCGAGAGGACAAAUUUGGGAGCCUGUAUGUGAACGAUUCCUCAGUGCUGCGCAGACCUGAGUGCAAGGAGAUCCAGUACACUGUGCAAGCCACUGACAAGCAGAGCAGGAAACACACCAAAACCCUCCUCACUGUUGUCCUGGAGGGAACUCUUUUAAAAAAAGAAGAGGACUGUCCUGACUCUUGUGCUAUAAGUAAGCACCGUGCUGAAUGUGAAGAAUGUGGUGGCCUGGGAGUGCUAACAGGAAGAUGCCAGUGGAGACAGGGGAGUGGGAAAGGGAUCACCACAAACUACUCCACGUGCACCCCGAGCAUCAAGACGUGUCCAGAUGGCGUCUGUGAUGCGGUGGAGGGCAGAGACCCGGCUGUGUGUCCCCAAGACUGCACAAGUGGAAAUAUAAUUGGUGGCCAUGGGAAAGGCAUUGGAAAUCUUGGAAUUAAGGCAGGACAUGGGAUUUGUUACUGCUUCCCAAGACAGAACUGUUAUUGUGAGAAAGAUGAUAUCAAAGAGCCACUGUGUGAUGACUUGUGCAAGACCGUGAUCACAGGGGCAGUGGUGCUGUGCUUUGUCAUCUCGGUGCUGGUUUCCUUCUACUGCAUCCACCGGUACCACAAGAACUCCCCGAAGGCGCCCAUCGCCUCGGCCGAGAUGACGUUCCGGCGCCCCGCGCAGUCCUACCCCAUCAGCUACUCCUCCAGCAAUGUGCGCCGCCCCUCCCUGGACUCCAUGGAGAACCAGGUGGCUGUGGACGCCUUCAAAAUACCUGAAGAUCCAAAGUGGGAAUUCCCUCGGAAGAACCUAGUUCUGGGCAAGACUCUUGGAGAAGGAGAAUUUGGAAAGGUCGUCAAGGCCACAGCAUUCCGGCUUAAGGGAAGGGCUGGCUAUACCACUGUGGCAGUGAAAAUGCUGAAAGAAAACGCUUCGCAGAGUGAGCUGAGAGAUCUCCUGUCAGAGUUCAACCUUCUGAAACAAGUCAACCAUCCUCAUGUCAUCAAACUUUAUGGAGCCUGCAGUCAAGAUGGCCCGCUGUAUUUAAUUGUGGAAUACGCCAAAUACGGCUCCUUGCGCAGUUUCCUCAGGGAAAGUAGAAAAGUGGGCCCGAGCUACGUGGGCAGUGAUGGCAACAGGAAUUCCAGCUAUUUGGAUAACCCGGACGAGAGAGCCCUGACCAUGGGAGACCUGAUCUCGUUUGCAUGGCAGAUAUCCCGAGGCAUGCAGUACCUCGCAGAAAUGAAGCUUGUGCAUCGGGAUUUAGCAGCCAGGAACGUCUUGGUGGCAGAAGGGCGCAAAAUGAAGAUUUCUGAUUUUGGCCUCUCACGUGAUGUGUAUGAGGAAGAUUCCUAUGUAAAGAGGAGCAAGGGUCGAAUCCCUGUGAAAUGGAUGGCCAUAGAGUCACUGUUUGACCAUAUCUACACAACACAAAGUGAUGUAUGGUCAUUUGGAGUUCUGCUAUGGGAGAUUGUUACUUUAGGAGGCAAUCCUUACCCAGGUAUUGCUCCUGAAAGACUCUUUAACCUCCUAAAAACAGGCUAUAGAAUGGAGAGACCAGAAAACUGCAGUGAAGAAAUGUACAGCCUCAUGUUGCGCUGCUGGAAGCAAGAAGCUGAUAAAAGACCAACAUUUACUGAGAUCAGCAAGGAACUAGAGAAGAUGAUGGUGAAGAGUAGGGACUACUUGGACCUUGCGGCUUCCACGCCCUCCGACUCCCUACUGUACGAUGACGGGCUCUCCGAAGAGGAGACACCUCUCGUGGACUGUAAUAAUGCUCCCCUCCCUCGAACCCUCCCUUCCACAUGGAUUGAAAACAAACUCUAUGGCAUGUCAUACCCGAACUGGCCUGAGGAGAGCCCCGUUCCACUCACAAGAUUCGAUGGCACUAACUCUGUGUUUUCAAGAUAUGCAAAUGAUAGUGUAUAUGCUAACUGGAUGGUUUCACACUCAGCGGCAAAAUUUAUGGACAAGUUUGAUAGCUAAAAUUUUCUUUGUGAAAGGUAAUGGACUCCUGAGGAAAGCAAGGAGGCAAAGAGUGGGAAGUCCAUUGACUUGUUCUUUGUACAAUCAACAACGAACUUUAAAAUUGGCAAAUCCCUUUAUUGAUAGUUUUUCAAGUGUGUUAUUUAUGCUGAAGACUAUAAUUGGCACUCUCCCCUUUCAGAAAACAUAUCAAGCUGAAUAAGAGUUGUAGUUCUGGUACUUCUUUCUAAGUUGCCAGUUUGCAAAUGGUUCCAUUUGGCAACUUCUUAGAGCAAAUGGCCUUGCACUUCAUCCUCAGUGGUUUUUAGACUAACCAUCCUGUGUUACAGCAUUCUGGGAUGGUAAAACGUACUUGAACUGCUACUUUUAUAGUGGCUGUUAGCAUACAACCACUUGAUCUAAGCAGGAAGCACAAACAAUAUAUAGAAGGGAGGAGGGAAAGAGGUUCCUAGAUUACUGAACUUGCUAUCAAAUGUUAGAAUGUUAGAGUGAUGUUGGCACUAACAAAGCCAAUAUCUUGGUUUGGAAGCAAACAUUUAGUAACUCAAUAGAGGACUUGAGAUUCAACAUUUGAAGUCUUGUAAAAUGUAUUGUUUUGUCUUAAUGAGAAGAGAAUUUGUUUUAUUAGUCUUAACUUCUCUUACCUUUAGCACAAUGGAGAUAAAUUUGAUACAAGAUAAGCUGUAUAGACUGAUGGCAAUCAAGAAUGUUCGUCUGACACAUUUACU